AUUCUAACAAUAGCUGCAGAGCAGAUCCGUAUACUUCACGUAAAUUUAUAAUUUAACUAAUUGUGAGAAAAAACAGUGGCCUUUAGAAAUUAAAUAACACAAAUUAAAAGUACAAAAACAAACAUUAUAAUAUUCCUAUAUUGUUUCAACUUCACACAUUGUAUAGGAUGUGAAUAUCGUAUCGGUGUUUUCAAAUCAUUCAACACAGAAAUUGAAUAAAAUAAUAUAUAACAGGCAAAAUUGUCAGAGUUAAUGAUUUUUCAAAGCAAUUUAUUGUGAUUGCAAAAUUUAAAAGUACCGAAUUUGUGAGUAUAUGCCAUAAUUUCUGGCCAUUUGAAUCGUGAGUUGUAAAGCGUGACAGUAUACGUCUUUUUUUACUCAUUUAAUCGUGUUUAUUGUGCGUUGGUUAUUAUUGUCUGCAUCGACAACAUAUACGACCUUUUCGAAGGUAUUGUUUUUCAUUAAUUUCUUGAUUCUUCGUGAGAUUUGAUUUCCGAAUUCGAUUGACAUUGAACUGUUGCUAGUAUAAAGAAAAAAAAAAGAUUAAAAAACAAAUGUAUAUAUAUAAUUUUAACGAUAAUAUGAACGGAAUACCAAUAAUAAAUGUUGAUAUGUCGACAACGUCAAUACCCGUUGUUCCAACGCCAAAUGCAACAAAUACAUCGAAUUUAACUGUUGGCACCAAUACAACAACACCGCUAACACCCGAGAUUCUUAACUCUGUGAUGGCCAUGACAAAUCCACUCGAAUAUUCAUUUCCAUCGACCACAACAUCAAUUCCAUUCUCCAGUAAAGUAUCACAGCAGUCAGCCGAUAGCCAUUCCAAUAGUUCGAGCUCACCUUUUGAUUCACCAUUGGCCACAACACCAGCUGGUACACAGGCAAUCACACCAACUGUUCAACAG